AUGAAGCUCAUGAAAAAGAGUUCAACCAGAUGGACUAAAAAGGUUAUCGAAGAUAAAAUACCAUUUCAUAAUGAUUAUCCACGUCCACAUUUAAGAAGAGAACUAUGGUUAAAUUUAAAUGGAAAUUGGUCGUUUACAAUAACAUCUAUCAAUGAGACGUAUCCAAAACAUUUUGAUAGGCUUAUUCGUGUGCCGUUUCCUGUUGAAUCUUAUCUAUCUGGAAUUCAAGUACGUGUUGAUUCAAACAUGUAUCUAUGGUAUAAACUAAUAUUUCAAAUAAAAUCUCGAUCCUGGUAUGAUGGUAAUCAUCGUCAGUACCGUAUAAUGCUACAUUUCGAUAAAGUUGAUUAUGAGACAGUUGUUUAUUUGAAUCAUUAUGUUGUCGGUUCAAAACAUUUAGGUGGUUAUGACCCAUUUUCAUAUGAUAUAUCACCAUAUUUCGUUAAUUAUCAAGAUAAUGAAUUAGUUGUACGUGUUUGGGAUCCAUCAAAUAAAUGGUAUCAACCGCGCGGAAAACAAUUAUUAGAUAAUAAAGAAGUAAAUGCGAUAUUUUAUACUCCAUGUUCUGGUAUAUGGGGAACGGUUUGGCUGGAACGAGUGCCACAUAUUCACGUUGACCGUUUACAAUUUCAAACAAGACUAUCAUCAACAAAAGUAAUUUUAAAAUAUCGUAUUGAUUUAAAGUCACUAGAAAUAGCUUCAUUUGAUUUUAUUUCGCCAAAGAAAAAUAUGUCAAUUUAUUCAGAACAAAACUUUAAUAAACAGAAUAAACGUUUAUUGCAUGCAAAGCAGAAAGAAACACUAGAAAACAAUAAGACCACUUAUAAAAAUCUAGACUUUAAAUUUAAAAUAAGCAUCGUUCAAAAAGAUAACAAGCAUUUAAUUGAUUUUAUUUCUUAUAAGCCAAAUAUUGAACAAGAAAUUGCAUUUUCUUUAAAAGAAAUCAAUCUUUGGUCACCUGAAAAUCCAUAUUUAUAUGAUAUACAUAUUGAUCUAUAUCAAAAGGGUACAUUUAUUGAACAUAUUUAUAGUUAUAUCGGUUUUCGACAAAUUUCUAUUUGUUCUGAAAAGAAAAAGAUUUGUCUUAAUAGUAAACCAUAUUUUAUGUUCGGUGUACUUGAUCAAGGUUACUGGCCUGAUGGUCUUUAUCGUGCACCAACGGAUGACGCAUAUCGAUAUGAUAUAGAACAAAUAAAAAAUUUAGGUUUUAAUACAAUAAGAAAGCAUAUGAAAAGUGAAACAUCACGAUGGUAUUAUUGGUGCGAUGUAUUAGGUAUGCUUGUCUGGCAAGAUAUGCCGUCAGGAGAUUCUUAUGAAGGUUAUGAAACUGCAUUAGAUGCUCAUCAACAGUUCGAAUUGCUUCGUGAUAAUCGAACCAAUGAUUUAUCAAUGCCUUCAAAUACAGAUAAAGAUUUACCCAUUAAUUCGUCAUCACCCACUACAAAGACCUUUGAGUCUAAAAUUCAAUUUGAAUAUGAAUUAAAAGCAAUGAUUGAUUUUCUUUCAUUCCAUCCAUCAAUUGUUAUUUGGGUAUUAUUUAAUGAAGCAUGGGGUCAAUAUGAUACAAUACGCUUAGCAACAUGGCUACAAUCUUAUGAUCAAGAUCGUUUAAUUAAUCCUGUCAGUGGAUGGCAUGAUCGAACAGGUAUCGGACAUAUUAGAGAUAUACAUGAUUAUUCUAAAAACAUUUUGUUACCAUCAUUUAAUGAUGAAACUCGAGCAUUGGUUGUUGGUGAAUGUGGUGGAUUAGGUUUAAUGAUAUCUGGCUGGAGUUAUCAUGUUUAUAGUGAUCGCUAUCUAAUCACGUAUGCCUUUGAACAACUUUUAGUUAACAUUUCAUCCCGUUUAUCAGCUGUAAUUUAUACACAAUUAUCUGACGUUGAAAAUGAGACAAAUGGAAUUUUUACAUAUAAUCGAGAAGAAAUUAAAUUUUCAAUAACACAUGUCAAACGUGUACUAAAAAAUGAUUAUUCACGCUUAUACCAGCUUAAACAUUUAUGGAAUCUUACAUCGAUUCCUUACACUAAUUAUACAAAAUUGCUUUUAUCAAAAUCAUUCGAUCUUAUUGUUGAUCAUAAUUCAACAUAUGAUAAGCAUUUUUAUUUUUAUGUAUGUUAUUUAUAUUCUCAAGUGAAUAUAACAAUAGAUCAUCGUCAUCAAAUGAUACUCAAUCAAACUCAUAAAGUAAAAGAUUAUCAUUAUAUACCGUUGCCAUCUACUCUUCUUCGUGAUACUAUACAUCAAAGACAUGUUCUAGACAUUUAUGUACAUUAUAUGUCAUCAUUUGAUGACGAGAAAGACAAACCUCUAUUAUAUGCUAAUAGAACGUAUUUUGACUUAAAUAUUGCGAUGCUUUCUGCAUAA